AUGGAGCCAACAGAGACGCUAUGUACCUGGGAACAGGAGCUCAGGCCGCCGCUGGAAGAACCGCUGUUAGGCGAAGUCGCCGAAGCCAUUAUCUGGAGCGACACCUGGGCGGAAGUCCCGUCGCUGGACUCCUUCUCGGAGCCCAUCUGUUUGGAAAACCGCACGAACAGGCAGUUGUCCAACGUAACGGCAAGGCUUCGAAAUAUGUCGAUCGGCGACGAGAUUCCUUGA